AAGUUUUAAUUACGCCGUUUUCGCCGCGCGCACACGCUCUUUCUUAUACUCUCCCUCACAAAAUUCAUAUGUCAAAUUCUCAACAUGAAAUCCCCUCUGACUCUUCUCCUCCAAUCCCUAAUCCUCCUCCUCACCUUCGCCGGAGCUCAGCCGCCGCCGGCACCCAGCAUUGGCAGACACUACAAUGACGCCAGGUCGUCGGCGAUCAUGUUCGGCGCGCUCAUCUCCUUGGUCUUCCUCAUGGGGCUCUUCUCGAUCUACAUCCGCCACUGCGCCGCCGGCCCCUCCGCCGCCCCCUCAAUGCGCGCCGUGGCGGCGCGCGGCCUCGACGCGGUGGUGGUCGACGCGUUCCCGACGUUCACCUACGCGGAGGUGAAGGAGCGCAAGAUCGGGAAGUGCGCGCUCGAGUGCGCCGUGUGCCUCAGCGAAUUCGAGGCCGACGAAACGCUGCGUUUGAUCCCGAAAUGCGACCACGUCUUCCACCCUGAGUGCGUCGACGCAUGGUUCGAGUCGCACGUCACCUGCCCGGUCUGCCGGGCCAAUCUCGACCCGCGGACAGACGACGAGCCGGUUCAAUUAUCUGAACCGGCGCCCACGGACUGGACUAGCAUUGCGGAGAGGACUAAUUCGAGAACAAGAGAAAUCGCGAUUCAAAUAGGAGAGGAUGGCGCGAACCGGACCCCAUUCUUUGAUUUACCGAGCGGGUCCGAUAGGUGCCGCUCCGAUAGGUGGUGGUCGAUCCGAACCGCGAGAGUGGUCGCUUUGGAUGAGUUUAGGUCGCACUCGACCGGACACUCGCUGGUCCAACCGGUGGAAAAUCUCGACCGGUUCACAUUAAGGCUGCCUAACACGGUUAGGAAGGAGGUGAUGGACCGGACCGGUUGGACCAGCGCGGCUACUACAUUGCCUAUGGCGAGAAGCUCGCGGAGGAGUUUCAUGAGUGGGGAAUGGAGCGGCCGGUGGAGUUUCUUCUCAAGAGGCGAAAGGGUUGUCGACGAAAGUAGUGAGCCGCCGCUGAGGGUGCCUUCUUUCGUGUCUUUCGAGCCGAAGACGGACGACAAAACCGGUUUAAUGUUGGAAAACCGGAGUAAGUCUUCGGUUUAAUAUGCUGAGUUUGAGCAGAGUAGAUCGCUAGCGUGAGCUUUAUAACAUAUUUUUGAAUUCUUUCUUUAAUCUAUUUUUGUGUUUGAAUUCUUGCUCUUAAUACAUUACCCACUGAGGUUGGACAAUGUGAGUAGUAGUAUAAUAUCGUUUUAAAUGACUAGAAAAUAAUAAUUUGUAUAUAUGAUAA